AUGCUGCCGUCCCUCCCCUGCCGCCGUCGUCGAUCCACCCCUCCCCUGCCGUCGUCGAGCCUCCAUCGCUGCCGUCGUCGAUCCGCCCCUCCCCUCGCGCGGCUCAACUUCCCCGUGGUGGCGAUCGACGCCGACGCGGGCCUGCGCAACCUCGACCUACUGCUGGGGCUCGAGAACCGCGUCCACCUCACCGCCGCCGACGUGCUCGCCGGCGACUGCCGCCUCGACCAGGCCCUCAUCCACCACCGCUCCCUCCAGGGCCUCCACCUGCUCUGCCUCUCCAAGCCUCGCUCCAAGCUGCCCCUCGCCUUCGGCUCCAAGACCCUCACCUGGGUCGCCGACGCGCUACGGCGAUCCGCCAGCCCGCCCGCCUUCAUCCUCAUCGACUGCCCCGCAGGUCAGGCAUCCCCUCCCCCAGCUUAUCCAUAUUGCAAUUGGUUCAUCUCAAACUGA